GUGACCACCCGCUUCCGCACCUCACCCUCGUCCAUGCUUCCUCUGCACAAUCUCAACUACUACCGCCAUGAAAGCUGCUGCUGACGCGGCCACCGACAAAAAGGGCCACGUAUGCCCGCCGUCGAACGCGACGCACCCGCGCGACCGCUGGGAGACGGCGUUCGUGUACUCGUUCAUUUGCAAGUUCACUCAGCUGCGCGCGAAGGUGGAGGGGUUGGAUUCACCCAUGGCAUUCGAGGAGGCGUUGCUCUCGCCGGAGCCAAACCCGAUAAUUACCCAAAUCUUGGCACGCUUCAUACAGAACUUGAGACCUCAGACGCGUAAUCUCAGUUCGGACGUGAUUUCUGACACUCUGGCCGCUGUGAUGCUGGAAUACCUCAAGACCCCGGAGCGAAGCAUUUUUUGGGAUGAGGAGCUGGGAGCGAACUUGAACCCUUUCACGGAGAUGCAGAGUGGAUUCUUUGCGGCGUCAUGGGACUUCAAGCUCCAAAUAAUGCGGCAAUUCGUCGAGCUACAGCUCUGCCAUAGCAUGCAGAUCAAGGCCAUUAUCGAUCGCGCGUGGGGAGUCAUCCACAACAAGCACAAAAAGGAGGCGACGACCGCAUCGCCGCCUCCACCCGAUGACCCCCAAAGCAGGGAGAACCUACAACUGAUACCGAUAGGACAGGACAAGGAGCGGAAGCGCUAUUGGGUUGUAGAUGUGUCACCGCGCCUUUAUGUGUCUACCAAUCCGUGGAAGAUCACAGCAACCUUCCAGACGAUUUCCUCUACACGGGAGGAGUAUGUCGCCGUCAUCGACCGACUUCGCGACAGCGCACCGCAGCUCAAAGCAAGCCAGCGACCGACGAAAAUCGAAAAUGCCCAUUUGAAUCUUAUUGAAGACUUGGACAAGCGAUUGGCGGACAUAGAUGCGGAUCUGCUCCGUAUUCAACGCGCUCGCAAAAAGCUGGAGAUGCGCAAUCUAUUGAUAGCCCAGGCAGAAGUACGAGAGACUCGUACUAGGCGGAAGGCAACCCGACCUGAUUAUGCCUACAUGAAUGACCCCCUGAGCGAGGAUGACCAAGAUGAGUACCAGUAUCAGGAACAAGACGACGAGGAGUACGACGACCAGGUCGACUUCGAUGACAUGGUGGGGUUCCGUUCUGGGGACUCAUCAACGUCGAAUCGCCAUGCAGCAACGGGAAAGCGCAGGUCUUCUCGAGCAGCAGCUACCAACGGUCAUCGCGCGAGCAAUGGGAACGGCCGUGCGAGCAGUGAAUGGAAAGGGGAACGACGAUCCACGCGGUUGGGGGCGCCAGCCGAUAUGCAGCUCGACGAACCACCGCCCAAGAGGGCGCGGACGGAGGACAGUAUGGUGAGCAGCAACUCUGCUGAGCCUGCACCUGCCGCGCAGAAUGGAAAAGGAAAGGGACGUACGUCUAUAACGCUGAAGCCGACGGAAACAGCGGUCGAGACGAUCCCGGGCAAGAAGAAGAACAAGUACUGGUAUUACGCCGUAGAGCCAGUACCCGCUUUAGCAGCCCCGCCACCUGCAGCUGCUGUGUCGUAUGACGCAAGGGAGGAUGUGCCGAUGAACGGUCUACACAUUGACGAUCGCUCAGAGGUAUCGCGAGACAGCGUACAGAGCGAAGACGUGGAUAUUUAUCGGAGAAGUAUAGAAGGCAGCUUAUCCCCCGCUUCCGCAAUGGACGAGUCGUAGUCAUAGUCUUACUUAUUCACGCUAUCCUUACCGCAUCACCCGGUUUCGUACAUUUGUCUUGGCUUCUCGUUCUGCGUGGCAUUAAUUGCACAUUUGUUUGCACCGUAUAUCCUCUCCACUAAUGCACCCGUAUUUUAUCACCGGAUAGAAUCCCCCUUCCAGUGGGGAUGUAUGUCAGUCAAUUGCAGAUGCCUGUCUUGCA